UGAUCAUGUUGUCUACUCCACGUUGAUACAAAUUAGUUUUUCGGGUUGUUUUUUUUUUAACGCCGAUAUGUUCACCAAUGAUUCUAUGCAAAGAAGGAGGUUUGGAAAGGGAAAGUGAAUUCAGGGACUUCCUGACAAGAAAGACACGUUUUUUAUUUAGUGACGUCACUUCCGGUCGACUUUUGCUCUUUGGUGUGUUUUAGAAAGUUUUACUUUGUUUGCAGUUAUAAUAAUGUGAUAUUAUGUCAUUUAUCUACACUUGUAUGCGUGUGCGUGUACGUGUGCGCACGUGUGUGUGUGUGUGUGUGCGCGCGUGAGUGUGUAGGUGUGUAGCUCGAAAGUGAGAGCAGAAACAGAAUUUGGGUCUUUUUCCACGCCAGUUUUCUUUUUCCCGUCUCCAAUAUAAGUGCACACACAUCAGCAUGAUGGAUAUUGCAAGACUGGUCUUCUGGUCCUGGUCCUGGUCCUCAUCAUCAUCAUCAUCAUGGGCAGACCCACACAGGUGGUCUUCAUCCUAUACGCCGUGUUACUCCCCGCCCUCUGCUGUGAUUGGCUGAGACGUUACAUGGACUUGAGUGACAGGUGUCAGUCUCUGGUCCAGGACCUGGGCGGUCCCAUGACGGAGGAGGACAGUCCACUUCCGUUCCCGAGAACACUUUACAGAUUGGCCGCAACGUCUCAGGCGCCGUGCAAGCUGACUUUUGUGCGAGACAGUCUGGGUCACAUUUUAGACCUGUACCAGCAGGUCAACGUGUCAGCCGUCAGCUGGGAUGCCACCAAGACCGAGAACCUGCUGGUACUCCUGCAUAGACAGAAGGAGGAGGUCUCACACUGCAGUUCACCUGAAAACUGCCUUCUAACAAAACCACUGAAGGUGUACUACCACACGCUGACCACUGCUACUCUCAACCACACUGAAGGCAGCAGUGCAUCAUGGGAGUUGAUCCGCAGUGAAAGUCAGUUACACCUGCAGCAGUUACACCUGCUGAUCGCCAACAUGUACAGAGAAACAAACAUGGCGCGCUUCCGCAAGGAGGCGGGGCCUAAAGUGAUAACCAAUGAAGGCACCGCUCUGGAACCUUCUCUUUCUGGUCACAUGACCAAGUUUUAG